AUGAUGGGCAAGCUUUUGUUUAUUGAUAAUCAAGUUGAAAAAGAGCACGCCCAGGUUUUGGCUGUACAAUUACCAGCUACUUUUGCUAAUUUUUCAAGACACGAAAAUUCAUCAAAGAAUCGGUAUGACGAUGUUCCGUGUUGGGAUCUUUUUAGAGUCAUUUUAAGCCCGCUGAGUGCGAUAUAUGAUGAUGAAGAUUGGGAUUUAUCACAUAUAACCACGAGAUCUGCAGAAAUAGCAUCAACUUACAUACAUGCGAACUGUGUUGAUGGAUUUAUGGAGAUAAAUAAAUUUAUUUGCAGCCAAGGUCCGAAGAAAAACUCGUGUGAAGACUUUUGGAGGAUGGUUUUAGAGCAAGAAUCUUGUAUUAUUGUGUCCCUAACGGAAACAGAUGAUGAAGAUCAAGUGUGUUAUGAAUAUUGGGUCAAAGAAGAGGAUUAUGAACUAGCAUUUGGAAGAUAUGUUGUAAAAACCCUUGAAAUUAUAGAAGAGUCUAGUUUUACCAGAACACGAUUGCGACUCACUGAUGUGAGCAGUGAUACUUCACGGGAGAUCCAUCACUUUUGGUAUCCUCAUUGGUCCGACUACGGUAAUCCUACCAAUCCGGCGGAAAUAUUAAAUCUAAUAUCAAAAGUGAACCAAAAACGAAAAGAGAUGAAAAAGACAGCAGACUCUCAACCGGGACCGAUAGUGGUCCACUGCUCUGCAGGAAUUGGUCGGACAGGAACGUUUUGUACCAUAGACAACGCGUUAUCACAAUUACGGAAAGAACAAACAGUGUGCCUACCGCAGACAGUGCUGAAAAUACAGAAGUCAAAGAUAUAGCUGCCAAUCAACUGAACCUGGACGCUAUAACUUUGGAGCCAGAAACCCUUAAUUCACAGAGAAAGAGGUUGAGGGUGCUAUAAAUAUGAUAAAUAGAUCUGUAAGGUCUAUGAAAUUCUAGUCACACUAGUUAUUUAAGAAAUAUCCUGAUGCAACCUGAGUUGAAAUCAUAAUUACUUAUUUUAUGUUUCCAAGAUCCUAGUCAUUAAGAUCAACUAUUACUCUCUACUAUGCUCAUCGCAUUACCAAUAAAAAUGUUUAGUUAAUAAAUUCUGAGUGUAAAUAAGACUUUCGCAGUAAGAACAAUAUAGAAAAAAUACCAGGGUCCUCUACUCAAGUAUUUUUGCGGACAAACUUUAUGUCAUAUGCAUGGCUUGAUAAUAGGACCUACCAGAUAGCCGUUUAUCUCUACUCCUGAUGAAUUUUUGAUGUCCAACAGGAAACAGUUAUUAUUGGAAUACUUGAUUUAUAGAUACUUUGUUUGGAGCACCACUAAAAGUAUAGUUAUGGAUUCUUAACAGACGUUGGAUGUAAUCAUUACUAGGUAUUACAAUUCAAGACAGAUGCUAAUAAACGAUAAACUUCUUUAGGAAAUGAAGUAUCCCAUGUGACUACGUAAGCAAUACUUGAAGAAGUGAUUCAAAGGAUGACCAUAUUACUAUUGUUUGCUAAUUUGAAUAUCAAUUACUUCAUGACGAAAAUUUGAAACAGCAUAAAUAGAAUAGUGUUAGACGGGUAUGAGUUUAGU